AUGGCCCCAUCUGCAACAGAAUCAAAGCCCGAGGCUCGCCAGAACGGUGCCUAUGCCCGCAGCUAUGAGGAGGACCGCAACACCAACGCUAAGGAUACCAUCUACGCCACCAGCAAUGGCGUCCCAAUGCCUCACCCCUAUGAGUCCCAGCGGGCGGGAGACAAUGGCCCACUCCUGCUUCAAGACUUCCACCUGAUCGACCUUCUCUCUCACUUCGACCGCGAGCGUAUUCCCGAGCGUGUCGUUCACGCCAAGGGCGGCGGCGCUCACGGGUACUACCAGACCACCAACUCGAUGGAAGACAUUUGCUCCGCCGACCUCUUCCAGGCAGGCAAGAAGGUCCCAAUCACAGUUCGUUUCUCCACCGUUGGUGGCGAAUCUGGAUCUCACGAUUGUGCCCGCGAUCCUCGCGGGUUCUCUGUCAAGUUCCGCACUGAGGAAGGCAACUGGGAUAUGGUGGCAAACAACACUCCGGUGUUCUUCCUUCGUGAUCCGGCCAAGUUUCCAUACUUCAUCCACACACAGAAGAGAGACCCGUCGACACAUUUGACCCACGCGGAUGACAGCACCAUGUUCUGGGAUUACCUCUCGCAGAACCCUGAGAGUGUCCACCAGGUUAUGAUCCUCAUGGGUGAUCGUGGUAUCCCUGACGGCUGGAGAAAGAUGCAUGGCUACGCGGGCCACACCAUGAAGCUCGUCAACAAGAACGGCGAGUGGGUGUAUGGACAGAUGCACAUGAAGAGCAAGCAGGGUACUGCUUUCAUCACUGACUCAGCGUCAUAUAGCCCGGACUACGCUCAAAAGGACCUCUACAACGCAAUUGAAAAGGGCGAGUACCCCGGCUGGGACGUAUGCUGGCAGAUUAUGUCCAAGGAGGAGAGCGAGAAGUUGUGGGAAACCGACAAGAUCAACGUCUUUGACCUGACUCACGUCUGGCCACACGACAGGUUCCCUCUACGCAAGGUCGGAGAGUUCUUCCUCAACGAGAACGUCCAGAACUACUUUGCGGAGAUCGAGUCUAUUGCGUACUCCCCAUCACAUCUCGUGCCUGGCAUUGAGCCUUCCGCCGACCCCGUCCUUCAAUCUCGCCUCUUCUCUUACUCGGACACCCACCGCCACAGAAUUGGAACCAACUACCAGCAGCUCCCAAUUAACGCCCCAAGAACCGCAUACAAAUUCGCCAACUUCCAGCGCGACGGACACAUGGCGUUGUACAACCAAGGAAGCCGCCCAGCAUACUUGAGCUCAAUUCAGCCCAUAAGUUUCAAGGAGCGUAAAGUCGACCUGAGCAAGACUCACGGCCAUUUCAUCGGCAACGCUGUCAGCUUUCUAUCUGAGAUUCGCCCAGAAGACUUCAACGCACCACGCAACUUGUGGACGAAGGUCUUCGACGAUGGUGCCAAGGAACGCUUCAUCAACAACAUUUCCGGCCACAUGGCGAACUGCCAGAAGGAGGAGAUUAUCAAGCGCCAGAUCGCUAUCUUCCGUGAGGUGUCCGAGGACCUUGCCUCCCGCUUGGAAAAGGCCACUGGCGUGAAGGGGUACCCCGGCAUCUCAGGCCUUACUUUCAAUGGAACACACAACAGCAUGGCGAAGGACUCUACUCACCGUGCUGCAAACCACUUGUCGGAAAACAGUGGAUCUGUCGGCAAUAACGGAGGUCCUGUCGCUGGCUCCCACGCCGGCCUCAGAGCUUGA